UUAAAACACCAAAUGCAUUAUGGAAUUUAAUAUGCUCAGUAGUCUACUUCAUUAAAUUUGUAUUUCCGCACAUCUUCCGAGCAGAUUGCAAAUCUUCUGGGAUGUACUUCAUGGACGGGGGCUGGUCCGGGGCUAAUGGAUGCUGCUACUAAAGGUGCUUUGCGUGCAGGAAAAUCGGUUGGUGGAUUUAAGAUUGGUAAAGAAGCUGGCGAAUGGACAGCAUCAAACUAUCAUCCCUACCUACCAUCAGAAGUGUAUCUCACUUGCAGGUUUUUCUCUGCUAGGAAGCAUGGUUUGGUAGAUGCUGUAGUUAGAAGCAGUAGUUCCGAACGGACAGCUGUUGUUGCUCUCCCUGGUGGGAUUGGUACUCUCGAUGAAGUUUUUGUGAUAUUAGCACUGAUUCAGCUAGAACGAAUUGAGUCAAAGCUUCCAGUUCCGUUCUUGUUGAUGAACUACGACUCAUUCUAUUCAAAGCUACUAAACUUCCUUGAUGAUUGUGAGGACUGGGGUACCCUCUCCAAGGGAGAGCUUUCAUCACUUUGGAAGGUUUGUGACAGUAACUCAGAGGCUUUGGCUUAUUUGUCGGAGUUUUACGACUUACCUCUUAGCGAGAAAGGAAGGCAUGACAACGAAUUGAAAAGGGCAAGCGGAAAAUUGUCUUAGUGAGAUUUGCAGUUGAAGUGGUUGUCUGUAGAAUGCCUUUUCCAUUCAAGCAAUGGUCUCAAAAUCUGUUGUAACUUAAUCACACUUGCGUGCGGAAAUAUUGUUCAUUGCCUGAAUUUAGAUUUCCAUUUUCC